AUGUCUUCUGCAAUAAACGGACCGCAUCCCCAGAUCUCCAAUUCCCAGGACAGUAUCACGACCACUGGAGUUCGGGAACAGGAAGCCAACGAGAACAACAAAGCUGUAUCACUGGAAGUAGUACCCGGCAGGACAACUUCGAUUGUCGUGGAAGAUGCGCUUAAUUGCCCUGACCAAGGCAGAAGCCACGAUGGCGGCUAUGGUUGGGUUUGCGUCGCCAGCAUGUUUUUCAUUAGCGCAAACACUUGGGGUGUGAAUGGUGCUUUUGGAGUUUACCUUGCCUAUUAUUUCCAAAAAGAUACUUUCCCUGGCACUACCGAAACAUCGUACGCCUUUAUCGGGGGUCUGGCGAUGUCACAAGUGACAUUCAUCGCCCCCUUGGUUACAUUCGUUGGCCGGAAGCUUGGCACUCGCACCACUCUUUCGAUUGGAAUCAUCCUUGAAUCGGCUGCACUUCUGGCCUCAAGCUUCGCCACAAAAGCCUGGCAUCUCUUUCUCGCCCAGGGUAUUUGUUUUGGAUGGGGCUGCAGCUUUUUGUACGUUGGCUCUGUGGGGAUUGUGCCUCAAUGGUUCGACAGGAGACGCUCAUUUGCAACCGCUAUCGCUGCUGCAGGCUCUGGUGUCGGCGGUCUGGCAUAUAGUCUCGGGACUGAGGCCAUGAUCCGUGACAUCAACCUCGCAUGGGCGUUCCGUAUAACAGCAAUAAUAUCAGGAGUCAUGAAUGUUGCCUGUACACUCCUUAUGCGAGACAGGAACAAACACAUAAUACCCAAUCAAAAGGCGUUUGAUGUCCAGCUACUUAAGCGGUAUGAGUUCUUACUCAUCCUAACAUGGGCGUUUUUCAGCACAUUUGGCUUCACGCUGAUACUAUUCACACUACCAGAUAAUGCCUUGCAGAUCGGCUUGACCUUGCAUCAAGGCGCUAUAGCUGCGGCAUUGGUCAACCUAGGAAUGGUUGUCGGUCGACCGUUGAUUGGAUACAUCAGCGAUGACAUAGGAAGGAUCAACGUGGUGACGGCAGCAACAUUUUUAUGCUCCUUAUUCUCACUUUGUAUAUGGACUUCUGCGACUACGUACUCGGUGCUGCUAGUCUUUGCUUUUCUCGGCGGCACCGUCUGUGGUACGUUUUGGGCUAUGCUCGCGCCGUUGCUAGCGGAUGUACUGGGCCUUAAGCUGCUUCCUGCCUCAUUGUCCAUUGUUUGGUUCACGAUAGUGGUUCCCACAACAUUCGGAGAACCAAUAGCAUUAAAACUUCGCCGAACUGGAGCUCCAAAAUAUCUAUCAGUUCAGCUCUUCGCCGGAUUUCUGUUCCUUGCAGCCACUAUCUGUAUGGUAGUCUUGCGGUCUUGG